CCUUUCCUAGCACACUCAGCUGAAAGGAGUGCGGGUCACCCCGCGGUGAAGAAACCCGUCCUCUGUCAGGCUGAAGGGAGAAUGGCAGAGCAAAAUAGGAAGUUGGCGGUGUGAAUAAACGCCCCUUGGGGACCUUCCUAAGUGUCAUGUGAGGGUGGGUGGGUAGAACGCCCGACCACUGGGGGGCGGAAUGGGGCUGUCUGAAAAGGGAUCAUAAUCGGCCUCCUUCGGCUCCCUUCGAGGGGAGGGGGCGCCCCCAGGCGCCGCAGUUGCUAUGGGGACGGCCCUCUGUUUGGUCUGCGGGCCUGGAGAACUAGCUGUGAGCUCGAGUCGAAGGGAGAUCCUAGGCCCAGAGGGAGGCAGGCAGAGAGGCGGGUGCUAGCGAGGGAGAGGGUCAUGGAGAACCGGCGCCCCUGCAGGAUCUCGGGAACCUUUACCUGCCCUGAUCUGAAGUUGUCGGCGCCAGUGAUCCUCCAGUUGAAGGUGGUGGGGUUAUUCAAAGGGAUCCCGUUUCAGAUGGCGAAGUGCACCGCCGAGGCUCUGAAGUUGGCUCAUACAGACUCAUUUAAAGACCCUAUAAUGAUUCCUCUUCAUGAAUUCGCAUGGUAUGAAUUUCUACGAGAGAAAAAACGGGAACUCAAGGGUGAAACAUGGCAAUAUCCUUCCACUGUGAUGUGUUUUAUUAAUGAUCAACUUUUGGGCAAUGAAGGCUGCUUGCAGAAAUGGGCCUAUAAGAAAUGGGGUUAUAAGGACUUCAAGCCCCUCGCACUUUAUCAAGCACUUACUUCAGAUUAUGUGUCCAAUUACGUGAAAAAUUCUAAGUAUCCAAUGGUCUUCUUGGACAUCUCAUUUAAUAAACAGCCCAUUGGAAAACUGAUAUUUGAGCUCUUUGCUGAUGUCUGCCCCAAAACUUGUGAGAAUUUUAGAACCUUAUGCACAGGAAAAGCAGGGUUUUCAAAAAGUGGUUUAAAAUUACAUUACAAACAUACCAUUUUCCACAGAUUAGUAAAAAAUGGUUGGAUACAAGGAGGAGAUAUCUACAAGGGAAAAGGAAAUUAUGGCGAGUCCAUUUAUGGACCAACAUUUGAAGAUGAGAACUAUGCAGUGCUCCACGAUAAAAGAGGAAUUCUUGGUAUGGCCAACCAGGGGCGGCAUACCAAUGGGUCACAAUUCUAUAUCACGCUACAGAAAGCUCCUUACCUGGAUCGAAAAUAUGUAGCUUUUGGACAGCUGAUUGAAGGAACAAGAGUUCUUCAGAUAUUGGAAGUAGCAGAGACAGUCAAUGAAAGACCUGUAUAUACUUGUAGAAUUACCGACUGUGGAAACUACAGCUGAUAAUAUCAAGAUGGAUACUUCUCCCUGUAGUUUACUAUUUCUCUUCCCAUUAUCCUUUUCUAAAUUUUGACAAAUGAAAUUUGAAAAAAAAAAUAAAACUGGGAUCCUGGUGUAUUUUUGGAAUCCCAAAAUUCUCACCUUAAGUAAAUAGGGCACUCUGUCAUUUGUGUCUACAAUGAACUUACCUUUGUUAACUCUAAUUAAAAGUGAUAUGGCAGUAUACAACUCCACAGAAGAAAUGCUUUCAGUUCAUUGCUUCUUUAGUUUCAGGAGGGAAUUCCUGAGUAUUUGCUUAUAUUUAGAAUUAGCUCAAUUAAGAGACAUUCUUUAUGCUAUCACUUAAGAACUGUUAUCUAUGAAAACUGCUAUUUUACAGCAUCCUAUAUUUUAAAAUAAGGAGGUACUCCUGGUGUGAUUGAUCAGUGUCACUGGAGAAUGCACCCAAUAUCAAGCAUACUCUGUUAGUAUAAACGGACUAACAAAAUUAUCCAGGUGCAAGAAGGACACUUUGAAGAUAAUUACUUUGGCAGUUUGGCACAAUAGCCAGUUACCACCAGUAUGCAGAAUAGCUGUGACAUUCCUUAGUAUCAGUUCCACUUUUGUCUUUUUCUGUUUAUUCAAAAAAUUCACAUGACUCAUUUAGAAACAUUCAGAGUGAAAUGUAUGCCUAGCAAUGAUUUUUCUAUAUGAUUUGGAGAAAUGAGUUUUUAAGACACAAAACCUUCAACUCAGAAGUACUUGCUAAAGAAUGUGUUUAAUGAUAGGAAAAUAUUCUCAUGAGACCAAGAUAACCUCAAAUAUAAAGGUCCUAUAAUUUCUCUAAGACCCCCAAGUAUUUCAAUGUUAAUUUCUGGAAAAAAUCUACAAAUAUGAAAAUAAAAGAAUUCUAAUGACUUUAGAUGA